AUUUGUUGAGUUUGUUUCUGCUGCUGAUUUUGUUCAAUGACGACAAAAAUGGAAAUAAAUGUGGUCGAAACAGUCUGCGCGUCUUUAGAAUUGGAUUGAAUGAUUUGUUUCAAUCAUUAAAAAAACUGUUAUAAGCUAGUUGAGUUAUCCUUGAACACUUUUGGCAAAUUUUUUUUCAAACUGAAAAAGUGUUACAUUUGAUGAACGUCAAAUUUCUACUACCAAACUUGCCUCAUCAGAAUUAUGAAAAAUUUUUCUUUUUUAAGUAUUUUUUAUUAUAGUGUUUUAUGCUUGACUGAUGACAACCGCCAGCCUGCGACCAGUAUCAGGCAUGACCUGUUAUGGAAUUAUGAUCGGUUAAAUCGUCCUGUUCGCAAACGAACCACUGUUACCUCUGUGCUGUAUGACGCCUAUCUUUAUCAACUUGUUGGCUUUAACUCAAAAGAACAGUCGAUAGAAUUGUUGAUUUUUCAGUUUUUAAUUUGGCACGAUGAAUUCUUGGAGUGGAAUCCAGCAAAUUAUUCUGGAAUUGAGCAGAUCCGGGUCUUUCAAAAUCAAAUAUGGAUUCCUGACGUUCUUCCGUAUAAUGAAAUUGGUAACUUUGAUUACAAUAAAUUUGGUGAUAUUGUGCCUCUAACGGUAAAAGCUUCUGGUCACGUAUUUUGGUCUCAGCCAGUUAACAUGGAAACUUCUUGCUCGAUGGAUGUGACGAAUUUUCCAUUUGAUUCACAAUCUUGUGAAAUCGCGGUUGGAUCCUGGCAGUACUACAAGGACGAAUUGAAAAUGUAUUGUAAAGAUGAACUGAACUUGAGUGAAUAUAUACCUGAUAGUCUAUGGGUCUUGCAAGAAACUUCGUGUCGAGAGCGAACUACGGAAUCAUUCAGUGACGCAGUAAUAACUGUGACCUUCAAACGCCUCCCAACAUACUUCGUGAUCAAUUUAGUAAUUCCCACAGUUUUACUUCUGGGAAUCAGUUCCCUCACUUUCUUCAUUCCUGGAGAAAUUGGCGAGAAACUCAGCUAUGGUGUAACGGUUACACUAUCGCUUUGUGUCAACUUGACAAUUUUUACAGAUUUCAUGCCAAUGACAUCAAAAACGUUUCCCAGAUUAUUCACAUACAUUCUCUCAAGCAUUAUUUUGUCGUGCAUGUCAAUGGUUUUGGCAACAAUCUCUGUUAAUUUUGUCCAGCUCAGCAAAAACAGCAAAGAUGAAGACAAAAUUCCAGGGUUCAAAGCACCAUUCACAGAUAGGGCAUUAAAUGAGCUUGCAGAUCGUGUUUGCUCAAACACAACUCAGAAGAAAAUGACACGAUUGAGAAAAGUUGACACGGUUAUUGGGUUCAUAUACCUUCUGGGAGUGACCAUAUACUCUGUUACCUUUUUCUUAUCGAUAAGUCUUUGA